AUGACUACCAUUCGCAUCGCUUCCUUGGCUGCCGGUGCCUUUUUAUACUGGUCCCGGCCUGUCAAGGCCGAUAGCCUCGCCGACAUUGACCAUGUCGUCCUCUUUAUGCAGGAAAAUCGUGCGUUUGACCACUACUUUGGUACUAUGCCUGGUGUCCGUGGCUUCGCCGAUGCCAAUUUGCAGAUGAAUGGCGACAAGCCCGUUUGGAACCAAGUGGUCGACGCCAAGAUGACCACCAAAGCUAAUCACAUCAACCCUUGGUACCUCAACUACCUUGGCGGCGAGUGGAACGACAUUACCCAGUGCAUGUAUGCUGGUAGCAAUGGCUGGUUCGAGAACCAUGCCGCUUGGAACCAUGGCACCAACGAUCAUUGGGCCAUGAACAAUACCGUCUACAGCAUCGGCUACUUUCAACAAAAGGAUAUUCCUAUCCAAUGGGCUCUUGCUGACGGUUGGGUCAUCGGUGACAUGUACCAGGAGGGUGUUGUUGCCUCUACGAGCCCGAAUCGAGUAACUUGGGUCUCUGGCUCCAUCAACUCCCCAGGCGGGCCUCAGAAGCCCGAUCAGGGCGGCAACCCUUACAUUGACAACCACGAGACCCCGGGCUGUGAAGCCGGUGGCAUCAACUGCUACCCGCUCAAGUGGAAGACGACUGGUGAAAUGUUCGAAAAGGCCAAUGUCUCGUGGACUGUCUUCCAGGACACCGACGACAACUUUGAUGAUAACCCCUAUGCCUGGUUUGGCCAGUUCCAGGAUGCCCCCGAAUCAUCUCCGCUCUACAAGAAGGGCAUGGUGGGCUCAUCUAUGGACUCUUUCUACGAGCGUGCUGCCAACGGGACCCUUCCUGAGCUCUCAUACAUUAUCGGCCCCAUGGUGCUAUCAGAGCAUACCCCUUAUAUGCCCAAGGACGGCGGCUGGCUGCAGCGCAAGAUUGCCGACGCCGUCAUCAAGUCGCCCAAGUACAACAGAACGGCCCUCAUCUACUCGUACGAUGAAACUGGCGGUUGGGCCGACCAUGUUGACCCGUUUCGCUCUCCUAAGGGUACUGCUGGCGAGUGGCUCGAAGAUCCUUACGGCAAAGUCGGUUAUACCUUUACUGGUCCAGGCUACCGCGUGCCUUUUUACAUAAUCUCGCCCUGGACACGCAACGGUGGCGUCUACACUGAGCACACCGACCACAACUCACAAAUUCUCUUCCUCGAGAAGUGGCAGGAGGCCAAGGGUCGCGACGUCAAGACGGAUGAGAUGGUACAUUGGCGCCGUGAAAAUAUGGGCGACCUUGUCAAUGCCUUUGACUUUGAUACGCCCAACUACGAGGUCGUGGAGCUGCCCGACACGCCCGAGCCGCACAAGAACUCCAAGGGUAAGUGGGACGGCGCCUCGUACUGUCGGGCGAUGCACAAGGAGCACCAGCCUCCUGCACCAUACACGGGGCCCGGUGCUAUUCAGGACAUGACCACUGUUGUCGGCAAUGGCUUCAAGUCAGUCCGCGGUAAGCUCACCGAGGGUCGCUACCUUACAUUCGAAAGCAACGGUCAGGCCCUCACGGCCACGAAGUGCGGCGGCAACGAGAAGCCAAUUCUGCAGGAGGCCACGGCCAAACAUGAGAAGAAGGCCCAGCGCUGGGUUGUUCACGUUGUCGAGCUUGGCGGCAGCGACUUUACAAUUAGCAACGUGGCCUGCGACGAUUACAUUUGCACGGACGGCGUCCUCUGCGACAGCAAGGACAAGGCGGCCGUCUUUACCGUUGACUACGUCGCUGGCAAGGGAUACAGUCUGCUUGAAAAGGAGACGAGCGAGUACUGGGGCGUCGGCAAGGGCAGUGGCUCGCCGUCGUCCAGCAAGGACCCUAGUUACUGGCAGCUGUUUAGUGUCAAGUAUUAG